AGUUUAUGUAUAUAAGAGAUUCAAAAUAUUAUAAUUUCAAUACAAACGAAAACAUUUGUAAUUAAUAUAACUUUUGACUUAAAAUUAACUAAACUUUUAAUUCUCUCCAAACAUGCGUUCAUUGAUUGCUGUUUUGACUCUACUUUUCGUUGUCUUCACUAUUGGUGAAAUGGCUGUAACUCAACAUUUCUCAAACACUAUUCCAAAAUCCACUGACAAUUUCAAAGCAGCGUUUGAUAAAGACUUUAAACAGGGCUUAAAUGUGAGCACUUAUGAUGUGAAUGGUAACGACUGUUGGGUGUGUUCGAGUCCCUGCUCUAUGAUCUACUGUUGUGAUGACGGGUACCCCCAGUGCUGUGUUGUGGGCGGCUAUUGUGCCUGUUGUUCACAUUAACCUAACUAUAAUUCACUGAAUAUUAAAUUUAUGAAUUUGUAAAUUAAAUCUUUUUUAAUAAAUACUAAUUUUGUAAAUCAAACCAAAUUAUCCAAAUGUUAUUUAAUAUUUAAACUCCAAAAAUAAA